AUGGUAAGGGAUCAACCGGAUAUGGAUUAUGAACCCAUCGGAACAGAUUCUGAUGGUGGAGUAAGGAAAAGGCGUAAAGCUAUUAAGCAAUGUUUAUUCUGUCGCAAGCGAAAGUUAAAAUGUGACAAACAGAAACCCAUGUGUUCAACUUGCUCAUCAAGGGGGCUUUCAGAGUGCAUUUACGUCGAAAAGUAUAGCCAUGAUGUGAAUGCAAAAGAGCUUUUCAAGUCGACUCCUAAUGUUGAGUUACUUGCUCGUAUUAAAGAGCUGGAAGAUGAAUUAAAGCAUGCCAAACAUCAAGGUGAGACGACGGAGAGAAAUCCACUUUGUGAUCUUUAUUUCCUUGAUAAGAAAGGCGAUAGGUUUACGUAUUAUGGGCCCACAAGCUUUAGACUAUUACUCAAUAACAGUGCUAUGAGAUUUUCUAAGUACUAUAAACUGGUAUGGAAGCGGUUAAAAGAAGAACGGCGAAGAUUCAAAGCGAGCAGUGGAUACUCCACAUUACAAGAGGUCACCUCCAUCGAACUUCCUCAAAAAUGUCUUUACAAUGAUUCAGUUUUAAAUGCUAUGUGUAAAACCUUGCCAUCAUAUGAGGAAAUCGAGGAAGCUCUCACGGAAUUUUUUAAUGGUAAACUGUAUGACAAUUUCCAAAUCUUAAACCGUGACAAAGUACUUGAGGACUUUAGGAAAUGCUUUAUUAAGGGUUCUAGGGACCUGGUCACCAGUCAACACCAAGUGAUCCAGUUGGUUCCCCCUAACAAGAAAAAUUACUAUUGCAUCGGUAUUAUCACCGAGAUACUAUAUCUCGUCCGUUACACGGAUCCCCUACCUCAAUCUUUAGACAUGUUCAACAAGUAUCUCACUUCUUACAUUACCGCAAAGGUUUUUUAUGUGGAGCGCGUUCAAUAUAUGAUGCUAAGGUAUCUUUACAGAAAUGUCAAAGGAGUUGGAGGUGGGGAUAACAGUCACCUAAUUCUCCUGGUUCACUCAGCAUUUGCGUCUGCCAUUCACAUUGGCUUGCAUAAAGAUAUAAGACAGCUUUACGGAGACGACGAUUUACUGAAAGAUAGUAUUGUUUAUCUUGAAAAUUUGUGGCAUUGGAUUCUUCUUGCAGAUAUCGAAAUUUCGUUUUCUAUAGGGGUUCCAUUGAACGCCUCCGACUCAGUUGUGUCUCGUGAAUUCUUGCAGGACCCAAAUGUAGGUAGCUACCCACUUUUAAAAAAGGUCAUCAUCAAACAUCGUGAAGUAUUAAUGGCUAUUCACAGCCCUGAUAAAGUUCCCAAUCUAAAAAACAUAAUCGAAGGUAUAGUUGAGUUUUUGAAGGCAGAAUUCAAACCCAUUAACUUUUACUUGGAGCAUGAAAAUUUAAGUGUUAUCAAAUUUACCGAACUUGAUUUCCUUUUAUUGUCCUUAUCAAUGGUAUCCAACUUCUCUAAUAUCAGGCGGCAAUUUUUCAAAGAGCUGACUCCUGCAGUCAUUAAUAGAGCGAUCCAAUAUUCUUUGAUCUCAACGUCAAUUUGUGUAACAGUUCUGGAGGCUUUUUACGCCAUGGAUAAAGAUUUACUACUUGAUGGCAGACUCUCGUGUAAACUUAUUCCCCCAAACUUAAAUUUGUCGAUCUACUUGAUUCACAAACAUUUUCCAAGAUUUAUUUCCGAGACCUACUUAUUAAUGGGUGCCCUGGGAACGGUUUCCAAUUUUGCCCACUUGAGAAUCAAUUAUCCAAUUUCACCAGUCUUCGACCUUCCUCUGGAUAGACUCGACAUAGUAGAAGACCACUAUGUUCCUGCAAAAGUUUGCUCCGAAGUUCUCAGUAGUUUAUUUGAUCGGUUUGAAUUAGAUGAGAACCAAGAUUUUGUUCGCCGGCUAAAAAACUCAUGUUAUUCCUUUGUAAUUUUGAUAGCUUUGGAAAAGAUAAACAGAGAAAUGUUGAGAAACGCUUUUGAGACAAGCGAAAGCCUUAGAGCCGGCUGUUGUCUAUCACAUUGCUUACCGACUGAAAAUGAGAUUUCUCAAUCUGCCACUUCUUUGGUUUCAACAGAUCUUGCUCCGGACGUUGAUAUGUCCGAAGAAGCCCUGAAGUCAAUAACUGAUGAGUUUUGGGUUAAUUUUGAGACGGUAUUAGAUGAUUGGGUUCGAAAUGAUGCAGAUGAAAUACUCCUUUCUUGGUUUAAGUCCGAUGAUAAUAUGUGA